GUUCAAUUCAGGAAGUCUCUCGGAGGGUCAUCCAUCAACAAUGUUCUUCGACCUCAAUGUACCUGUACCAGACAUUGGCCCAUCAGGAUUGUCGCAGCCAAAGAAAGGGAAAGGGAAACAACCUCAAGCGCAGGGAGAACCUUUACUUCAUACACUGGGUCAAGUCAGAGCGAUAGAAGCUCGCAUAGAUUUGCUUGUACAUUUAGGAUAUAGUGUAAUCGCAUUUAAUCAAACCGUGCACAAAAAGAUCGAUCCCAAAAACCACACCAAUAUCCUCAACGGUCUGAUUACACAGCUGAAGAGGAGGCAAGGGGUUGUAUUCCUGAAGAGACUCACUAUAAUACUAGAUGAUGAUAGCGAGAAAGGCUUUGGUUUGACUAACGCAAACACUUCACUUGUCGAUCCAUACGACGUAAUCUCCCUAGCGCCGACGACUGCAACGACGUUUUCUCUUGCAUGUCUAACACACAGCCUCCCUUCACCUCUUACUGCACAUAUCAUCUCACUACCUCUAUCCCUCCCUCGUCUCCCUUUCCAGCUCAAGCACACCUUGGUGCGCACAGCAAUAAAGAAUGGGGCUGUCUUCGAGAUAAACUAUGCUGGAGCUAUCGGUGGUGAAGUUGAAGCAAGCAUAGUACAGAUAAGUGGCGGCGAAAGUGGUGUUAGCGCCAAGCGCAACUGGUGGGCUGCGGCCAGGGAAGUGGUGCGCGUUACCAAAGGGAAGGGUCUUGUUGUAAGUGGUGAUGUGACCGGCGAGGCCGAUUACAGGGCCCCCAGAGACAUUACGAAUCUGAUCUCAUUACUUGGUUUGCCACAAAACGUAGCUCACGACGCGUCUACAGCCACAGCAAAAUCACUCAUCGUGCGAUGUCGUACUCGCAAAACUUACCGGGCAGUCUUGUCAGAGCCCAAGCUGGUGAUGCCUAAAGCAGCCGAAGAAUCAUAUUUAUCCUCUCCCACCCCGUUACCGACGGAGAGUGUGUUGGGUAGCCAUCUUGAACGCGACACGAAGCUGUCUCAAGCUUUCGAGCAACUACAAACACCGAUAAUAUCUUCCGACAUUCCUUCGUUGCUCGACCCCUCGAUCACAAAGCAGGAUGGGCUGUCACAAGAAAGCAAAAAACGUGUCCGCGAUGAAGAUGAUGAGCUUGGAGGACUGCAUAACAAACAAGUGGUUAGAAGCAAAGGACCUCAUGAGAAUGCCACUACUGAUUUGAACGAGAACGAAAGUGCCCGCCGCAAGAAGAAGAAGAAAAAGGACAAAAUGGGAGGAACCUCAUAGAUGUAAUGUAUACAUUCCUCAAACGACAGUUUUGACAGUGCUUCUCGGAGCUGCGGAAGAUAAGAAUCUCAAAAAAUUCUCAUACUUGUCUACAUUUCCCAGAAGUUUCGUCUCUGGCUUGGUUCUGCUCCCCCACCUGCGGUUCGGAUCCGCCACGCUCUAUAGCGUGAUUAAUAUGAUAAAUACUAGUGCUCAAAAUAUACACACCAGAAUUCACCCC